AUGACUAAAACAGGCGCAAAGCAUUUCGAGUACAUCGUCAUCGGUGGUGGUUCUGGCGGUGUUGCGUCCUCGCGUCGUGCAGGAUCGUACGGUGUGAAGACGCUGCUUAUUGAAGGUAACCAUGUUGGCGGUACAUGUGUGAACGUUGGCUGUGUUCCCAAGAAGGUGAUGUGGUAUGCCAGCAGUGUUGCACAGAGGAUAUCGGAGGCCAAGGAUUACGGGUUCGACGUUGAUCCAAAGCUGGCAAAAACCUUUAACUGGGGGUACUUCACCCACAAGAGAGACGCCUACAUUGAGAAGCUGAACGGUAUCUAUGAGCGUAAUCUCAAAAACGACAAUGUCGAGUUGCUCUACGGCUGGGCAAAGUUCAACAAGGAUGGCGCUGUUGAGGUUACCAAGAAAGAUGGUAGUUGUGAAACCUUCACUGGAGACAAAAUCCUCAUCGCCACUGGUGGUAAGCCAAUUGCCCCAACAAUCCCAGGAUCAGAGUAUAUCAUCGACUCCAAUGGGUUCUUCAGCCUGAAAGAGCAGCCAAAAAGAGUUGCCAUUGUUGGAGGAGGCUAUAUUGGUGUUGAAUUCACUGGUCUCUUACAUGGAUUGGGGUCAGAAACCCAUUUAAUCCUAAGAGAUGACCAGAUCUUGGUAAGAUUCGACGACAGUAUUAGAGACACUGUUCUAGGCCAUUACGCUGACACUGGUGUCAAUAUCCACUACGAGACUGAAGUGAAGUCCGUUGAGAAGAUAGAGAGUGGGGCUCUUAAGCUUACCUUGAGCACUGGUUCCAUGCUGGAGGUGGAUGCCCUGAUCUGGACAGUGGGACGUCGUACUUUCCUCGGUCUUGGCCUGGAGAAUGUUGGCGUGCAAGUCACAGACAGGGGAUUGGUUAAGGUUGAUGAGUACCAGAAUACCACAACAGCAAACAUAUAUGCUCUUGGUGAUGUUACUGGUCAACUCGAUCUGACGCCUGUGGCUAUAUCUGCUGGUAGAAAACUUGCCAAUAGAUUGUUUGGACCAGCAAAGUUCAAAGCUCAGAAACAAAACUAUACCAAUGUUCCAUCAGCUCUCUUUUCUCACCCAGAAGCUGGCUCAGUUGGACUCUCUGAGGUUGAUGCCAUUGAGAAAUAUGGUAAAGACAAUCUCAAAAUUUAUCGUUCCAGGUUCACACCAAUGUACUAUGCUAUGGUUGAACAAAAGUCUCCAGUCAGCUAUAAGAUCAUUUGUGCUGGACCAGAGGAGAAAGUUGUGGGUCUGCACUUGGUGGGUGACUACUCUUCUGAGAUUCUGCAAGGUUUCAGCGUUGCUAUCAUGAUGGGUGCCACCAAGGCGGAUUUCGAUAGCUUGAACAUUGCCUACCCAGCCAACGGGUCCCAAAAGACCUAUGACAUCGAUGAUGACCACCGUUUGCGUGUCUUCUACGAGAAGAGAAUUGGUCAAGAAGUCGAGGGUGACUCUGUCGGUGACGAGUUCAAGGGUUACGUCUUCAAGAUCUCUGGUGGUAACGACAAGCAAGGUUUCCCAAUGAAGCAAGGUGUCUUGUUGCCAAACCGUGUCAAGUUGUUGCUCGCUAAGGGUCACUCUUGUUACAGACCAAGAAGAAACGGUGAGAGAAAGAGAAAGUCCGUCAGAGGUGCCAUUGUCGGUCAAGAUCUUGCUGUUUUGUCCCUUGUCAUUGUCAAGCAAGGUGAUGCUGAGCUUGAGGGUUUGACUGACACCCAAGUUCCAAAGAGAUUGGGUCCUAAGAGAGCCAACAACAUCAGAAAGUUCUUUGGUUUGACCAAGGAGGAUGAUGUUAGACAAUACGUCAUCAGAAGAGAGGUUGUCAAGGGUGAGAAGAAGUACACCAAGGCUCCAAAGAUCCAAAGAUUGGUUACUCCACAAACUUUGCAAAGAAAGAGACACUUGAAGGCUUUGAAGAUCAGAAACGCUCAAGCCCAAAGAGAUGCUGCUGCUGAGUACGCUCACUUGUUGGCUCAACGUUUGCACGAGCGUAAGGCUGAGAGAGCUGAGGUUAGAAAGAGAAGAGCCUCUUCUUUGAAGGCUUAA